CGGACGCGUUGUUCCCACGCUCCGGCUGAUAACAAGAGUGCACACAUCAAGAUGUACAUAGACAAGGUUAUCCUUGAAGGGUUCCUGAGCUACCAGAAAAAAGCGACUCUGGGCCCUCUUUCCCCAGGUCUCAACAUCAUAGUUGGUGAGAAUGGGGCUGGAAAAAGCAGCCUGCUCUGUGCUAUUGAAACUCUGAUCUCAAUGGAAUUUGAGUCACUCGACCGUGCGCAGUGCCUAGGCCUGCUCAGUUCUGCACCUGGAGUGCAGGUCAACACCGCCACAGUGGAAAUGGUUCUCAACAACACCACUCGUGAUCUGCCAAGUAAUAAUGAUGUUGUGACUGUGACAAGAACAAUCGGUUCCUCUUCCACGACACUGAAGCUUGGAACUACCACCAUUGGGAAGAAAGAAUUUGUUAGCUACCUUCACUCAGCUGGCUUCUCAUCCGACAACAUGUUUCACGUCAUCAGACAGGGCCAGGUUCAAGAUAUCCUGCGCAUGUCAUCCCUGGAGCGUCUGCGCAUGUUGCAGCGCUUUGCUGGCUGGGAUGCACUCACUAAACUGGAAAAGUUCUGGGAGGAAUCCACAGAUAUAGAUGACUUUGAUCGACAGCACAUCGCCAAGGUCACUGAAGAGUGCCGAAGGAAACUGCAGUUGGAUGAGAAGUAUGCGAAAGAAGCAAAGGAAUACAAGGCACUGGAGCUUGAGAUCAGGACUGUAAAUGGAAUUUUCCUGGAAAGGGAGGCUGCUGCACUCAAGACAAAGCUGGAGCAAAUUGAAUCCAGCAUUGAAAGAAUAGCGCCUCAACACAACCUUGCCAAGCAAAAUUACGUGCACAUCUGUGACGCACUCGAGGUGAAGCAGCGCGAGCUCAGGCGGCUCAAGGAGGACGCACAGGAACGAGUGGGCAGGCUAGAGGACCUCAAGGAGGAGCUGUGCAGGGCUACGACAGGCAUGAUCAGGGAGAGCCUGCAAGCGAGGCAGCUCGAAGAAGAGGUUGGCACCGUUGAGAGGGCACAGCACGAGUUGGCAACCCGCCUGAGCACUGCCGAGCAUGCAGUGCAAGAAACAACUGUGAAGCUUGCCAACACCGUGCAAGCAUUGCGCAAGCUCGAGAGGAAAGAGGAUGAUCUGGAAACCAGGAUGGCAAAGUUGGCUGACGAGAAGAACUCGGUUAUGCAGCGUGUAUUCCACAGUCAUUGCUUUCGCACGACUCAAGAGCGUAAUAUUUGGAUUGAAGGGGAGCUUCGAAAGCUUGAAUCUGCUGUGCAAGAAAUUCAGCAACAGUGUGAACAGCUGCAAUCGGAGCUUCAAACUAGCAAUGCUGAAAGGAACCGCUGCAUAUCUGAGGAAGAGCAGGUCCAAGCAGAGUUGGCUUCUUUGCGGCAGCUUGACGGAAGCAUGAAGGCUGAGCUUAUGAAGCUGCAGAAGCAGAGCUAUGCAGCCAUCGACGAACACACGGGCACUCAGCGACUGCAGGAGGAUUGUCAUGCCACUUUGAACAAGGCACGGGAAACUGCAGUGCGAAUCCAACCUAUUAUGGUCACCACAAUGGGCGCAGCUGAGUUUGCUGGUUGGCAAGGAUUGAAAAAGGUGCUGAUGGACACUGAUGAUCCAGCCAUUGGAGAGUACAUGGGAAUGCUUAUUGAUCACUUACAAGUGCCAGACUCCCUGACUGUUGCUGUGGGUGCAGCACUCGGCAGAAAGCUGUUCACUCACCUUGUGCUCAGCUGCUCAGCUGCAACAGCCCUCCUGCGCAAGUUCUACGCUCUGAAGGUGCGAGGAUCCCUUGGCUUUCAGGCAUUGGACAAGACAGCUGUACAGGAUCAGUACCCAGCACCAAAAGGACAUGACGUAAGGCGCCUGAUCGACAUGGUGGAUUGCACAAACUCUGACCUGGCUCCUCUGCUGCCCCACUGGCUGGGCAAGUGGCUGCUCUGCUCCAGCCUGGAGGUCGCUCAAGAGGCAAGCCGCCUGUACAAAGCCAGCUGCGUCACACUCGAAGGAGACAUAGUAAAUAUCAGAGGUGCGAUGACAGGUGGCUACCGUGAUCCCAAGAAAAAUUUGUUUUCUGUGUACCAGGAGUUCUGCCGGCUUUCUGACGUGCUUCAGUCAGCUGAAGCCUCACUGAGCAAUAUGUCUGCUGUGUCUCGGAGUCUAGCCACUGAAUCUGCAAAACUGCUUGAAAAGAUCCGAACACUGGAACUGAAAAUCAUGCGGAACACGAGCGCCAUGUCAAGCACUGAAUCCAAACUGACUUUGCUUCACUCUUGCCUUUCUCAAAUCGAAGAUGGCAUUCGAGUAAAGGAGAAAGCGUUGCGCCAACGCCAGCGUCUGGCCGACAGCUACACUCAACAGAGAAUGUCCUUGAUAAAAGAGCGCUCAUGUGCGCGCACAGAGCACCUCACAGCUGGUGCUGAGCAGCAGCUGUGCGACAACACGCGCAAGCUCCAGGCACUUCGCAGCAAGCUCCGGGCAGUCACCGCUGAGAAAAUGCAGCUUCUUCACAACAAAAACAAUUUGGAAUCCUUGCUGAACAACUGCCUGUCGCCUGGCCUUGAGAGCCUGAAAAAAGAAAGGCAAUCCCUUGACGACAAGAAAGCAACUCUGGAAUGGGAGCUUGAGCUCUCAAAGACAAGACUGGCUGCUUUUGAUGAAACAACAAAGACAUCAGAGAGACAAAUUGCAGAGCUUGAGAACAAUUCCAGUGCUGCCUCUCGAAUUUAUGACCUGGAGCAGGCUGUUCAAGAAAUGUCUGAAGAGAAAGCACGCAGUGGGGAAGACUUGAAAGCUGCAUCGAAAGAAAUGGAGCAUCUCACCCUGAAGAGGUCGAACACGCUGGCUGUGUUGGAGGAAAUUACAAAGAAAGCCUGCAUGUUUGGCACUGUUUCUAAGAAUUUGAGCAGAUACCGCCACAUGGGGAAGACAGAGCUUGAACAUGAACGGCAGCGCCUGCAACAUAGGAUCAGUGAGAUGAACCCACCUGACCUCUUGGCUGGCAGACUACUUGAGCAGGCCUCGGAGAAACUGAACUAUGUAUGCAAGCACCUCACCGACAUGAACGUGACUCGCAGUAGAGCUGAAGAAAUGAAGGACAGUCAGAAGGAGCAACAGUUCUGUAACAUUGAAUUUACCCUGAAACAAGUAUGCAAAUACUUUGUGGACUUCUUCAAGAGGUUUGUGCCUCAUGGCCAUGCGAAGGUGGUGAUCACCACUGAAAAGAGAAAUGCUGAAGGACAGGACCAACCUGAGAGGCAGCGGAUAUGCAAAGGCAUUGAGUUUCAGGCCUCCUUCAGCUCGCGCAACAUUUUACAGUCUGUGGAAUGCUUCUCUGGGGGCCAGCAGACCGUGGUGGCCCUGUGUUUCAUUCUGGCUAUUCAGAAGUGCGAUCCUGCACCUUUCUACAUCUUUGAUGAAGUGGAUGCCUGCUUAGAUGCACAGCAUCGGCAGUGUCUCGCUGAUAUCCUAGAGGAGCUGAGCUCACGAAGCCAGUUUAUCUGCACAACCUUCAGGCCUGAGCUCACGUUGAAAGGCAAAAUUUUCAAGGUCACCCAUCAUGAAGGAACCAGCAGCAUUGCAGAAACAACACGACAGGAAGCCCUGCGUAUAGUCCAGGCCAUAGAAGCCUUUUGAGAGUCACCGAAAGCAUGCAUCGGAUAGUUGCAUUCUAGUCAUCUUUGUUGGUACUUACUGACCAGCUGCCAUCACUACUCUCUUUUCAGCUGUGUAUGCUUUCACAAAAGCUUCGUGUCUUGCCUCCCCCCACUCCCCCUUUUUUUUUUGCCAUCUAUGUUGCAACUGCUAUGACAUAGUACAUGCCCUGUAUUAUAAGGUGCAUAUAUAUAUAUAUAUAUAUAUAUAU